AUGGCUUCCACAAGCAACUGUUUUACAGUUUGUAGCAAUGUUAAAGUUCCUUUGUUUGAAGGAGAAAAUUAUGAUUUUUGGGCUGUUAAAAUGGAGACUUUAUUCACCUCUUUGGAUGUCUUGGAGUUCGUCCAAAACGGGUAUGACGAACCAGCACCAACAGAGGCUGAAGAAUCAAGCCAACGACUUGAAGAAUUGAAGAAGAAAAAGAAGAUCACAGAUGUUGGAGUUCUCAGGAUGAUUCAAAGAGAAAUCUCUAUAUCCAUUUUCCCAAGGAUUAUAAGAGCAAAAACAUCAAAGGAAGCAUGGAAUAUUCUACAACAAGAGUUUGAAGGAGACUCAAAGUCACAUGGAGAUACAAUAGAUGAUCGCAGAAUUGUAGAUAAAAUUCUGAUUAGUUUUACAGAAAAAUUUGAUCCUAUGAUGGUUGUUAUAGAAGAAACUAAGGACCUAUCAACUACGUAUGUUCAAGGGUUGAUGGGGUCUUUGAGGUCCUACAAACAAAGGUUGUUACGACACUCUGAAAAAUCAGUUGAGAGUGCCUUUAAAUCUAAACUCAACAUUCAUCCCAACAAUGGUGAAAAUAGGCCCCCAAUACAAAAUAGAGGUGAGUCUUCUAGAGGUGGCAAAUUUGGAAGAGGCAUGGGCAAAGGAAGAAACUCACGAGGAAGAGGAAGAGGCGUGAAUGGUGGAAGAUGGCAUGAAGGAGCAUCAAAUAAAUGGUGCAAAUUCUGUAAGAGUAACACUCAUAACGAGAAUGAUUACUGGAACAAGGAAAAACCACAAUGUCACAAUUGCAAGAGAUUCGAGCAUAUUCAAAAGGAUUGUCGUUUUGUCAGUCAACAACAUGCUUCAUUUGUAGAAGGAGAAAAUGAUGAAGGCAAUUUGUUUUUUGCUUGUCAAAAAGAUUUUCAAGAAGAUAAAAAUGUGUGGUAUUUAGAUAGCGGUUGUAGCAACCAUAUAACCGGAAAGAAAGAAGCUUUUAUAAACAUUGAUUCUUUAUUUGGCUUAAAAGUUAAUUUAGGAAAUGGAGAACAUGUUGAAGUAAAAGGAAAAGUCAUUCAUGACACUCUUUAUGUGCCCGAGUUGGACGAGAAUGAUUACAACAAAGAAAGGAAGCAAAGUCAUUCAUGA